UGUUUUCCUCGAAAGUUGACGGUUAAGACUGGACGCGCUCUUCCGGCUUGGCCAAAUGUGAGCGACUCCCGCCUCUGGCGUCGACCAAAGGUUCCUUUUCGAAAAGUGUCUGCGAGGCGAGCGGAAGCACAAACCGUGGCGCACUUUAAUGAGGGCGCCCCAGCGCCCAAGGGAGGCGCCGGCCUUCAUCGCGAUAGAGGGAAGAGGAGGCAAAGGGACUUUUCACAUCCGCAGCAUCGGAAAAGACGCCCGCUACCGCCACAAGGCGAGUGUGCGCCAGCGCAAAUGAAUGGAUUUGGAUGUCCAUGGCAAGGUGAUAUCUCACAACUAGUGUUUAUCUUCAAGGGUCGGGAUGGGCUGCACGUGCAGCGGCCAUGCGGCGGAUGACAACUUUUACAAAAGAAAAAGCUGCUCCCCGGACACGCCGGCGGCAAGUCACAUGAUUUGGGGCGGAGAAACUUCCUGCGAUAACGAUGAUGUCGUGUUUGUGGCGCAACAUGACUUCCAGCCCACCAACCCCGGCGAACUGUCUUUCGGGAAGGGAGACCGCUUCCGGGUGCUGCAGGAGAACGGAGACUGGUGGCUGGCUCACUCGCUGGCCACGGGAGACCGGGGCUUCAUUCCGGCAAACUACGUCGCCCGGGCAGACAGCCUCGAGGUGGAGAAAUGGUUCUUCAAGGGUGUGAGCAGGAGAGAGACGGAACGCUUGCUCCUCGCGCCCGGAAACAAGCCCGGAGCUUUCCUCAUCCGGGAGAGCGAGACGUGUCGAGGUUCCUUCUCGCUGUCCAUCCGAGACUGCGCGGCGGACGGCGCCGGCGACGUGGUGAAACACUACAAGAUCCGCUCUCUGGACAUGGGAGGCUACUUCAUCUCUCCGUCCGGCGCCUUCCCGUCCCUGCAGGAGCUGGUCAAAUACUACACGUGUACGGCGGACGGUUUGUGCCAGCGUCUCUACGCCCCCUGCAAGAAGCGGCCGCCCCAGCAGCCGUGGGCUCCGGACGAAUGGGAGAUUCCUCGCGAGACGCUAAGACUGGUCAAGAAACUCGGGGCCGGACAGUUUGGAGAAGUAUGGAUGGGUUACUACAAGAACGCGCUGAAGGUUGCGGUCAAGACCCUGAAAGAAGGCACCAUGGAGCCUCGCGCCUUCCUGCAGGAAGCCAACCUGAUGAAGCGGCUGCAGCACGAGCGCUUGGUGCGACUCCACGCCGUGGUCACCCGGGAGCCCAUUCUCAUCAUCACCGAGUUCAUGAUCAACGGAUGCCUGCUGGACUUUUUAAAAACGGAUGAAGGAAAAAAGCUCGGGCUAAAUAAGCUGAUGGACAUGUCGGCACAGAUAGCCGAGGGCAUGGCCUACAUCGAGAGCAAGAACUCCAUCCAUCGGGACCUGCGGGCGGCCAACAUCCUGGUCAACGAGACGUUGCACUGCAAGAUCGCAGACUUUGGCCUGGCCCGGCUGGUCGAGUCGGAAUACACGGCGCAAGAAGGUGCGAAAUUUCCCAUCAAGUGGACGGCUCCCGAGGCCAUCAAUUACGGCACGUUCAGCAUCAAGUCGGACGUGUGGUCGUUCGGAAUCCUCCUGACAGAAAUCGUCACCUACGGAAGGAUACCAUAUCCAGGAAUGACGAACCCGGAGGUGGUCCGCAAGCUGGAGUGCGGCUUCCGCAUGCCGUGUCCGGAAGGCUGUCCGCCGGAGCUCUACCGCGUCAUGACGGCCUGCUGGAAAGAGAGGCCCGAGGAGAGGCCCACCUUUGAGUUUCUGCAAAACGUCCUCGAGGAUUUCUUCGUCGCCACCGAGGGACAAUACGAGAUGCAGACGUGACUUUGGAAAGAACAACCUUGAAAAAAACCCAAACAAUUUUAGUCACCAGAGUUGCUCAUCUUUUAUUACGCCAUGUAUUAAAAUGUGCAGACGGCAA